AUGUAUGAACUGUUGGGAAGAGUGACUGUUUUGGUGACAAUCGUUUGGCUGUUGGUUAAGGUUUGUCGCGGACUUUGGACUUCAUUUAUAGCCAAUGCGUUGGGUUUGGGAGUGAAGUGGUGUCCGUCGGACAACACGUGGGCCGUCAUCACCGGUGCCACCGAUGGUAUCGGCAAAGCGUACGCCAAACGGAUGGCACAAAUGGGAUAUAAUUUACUCAUUAUUAGCAGAAAUGAAGACAAACUCAACAAAACGAAAGACGAGAUUUUGUCGAAAUACAAGAAGUGCUCUGAAGUGCGAAUACUGGCCGUCGACUUCACCCGAAGUGAUAUAUACGAGCGCUUGGAGGCGACCAUCGGUGCGUUGGACGACAUCCAUGUGUUGAUCAAUAAUGUGGGCAUUUCUUACGCAUACCCCGAAUACUUCACUCAAAUACCACAAUCGCAGCAAUUGAUUGAAUCCAUAAUCAACUGCAAUAUCAUUGCAAUGACGCGAAUCAUUGAAAUGGUUUUGCCCAAAAUGGAGGCCAAAAGACGGGGUGUAAUCAUAAACGUGUCCUCGUAUUCGGCUUCAUAUCCAAUGCCAUUGCUUUCACUGUACGCUUCGUCCAAAAUAUUUGUGGAUUUCCUCUCUCGAGCUCUUCAGGUGGAGUACGCGUCCAAAGGGAUUACCAUUCAGUCUGUAUUACCCGCUUAUGUGAUGACAAAUAUGAGCAAAAUUCGUCGCUCGUCUCUAAUGGUUCCGACACCUGAUGUAUACGUGAGUCACGCCAUGAAGACUGUGGGCAUCGAGAGCCGCACUUACGGCUAUUGGCCGCACAAACUCCAGGGCUUUAUUCAGGACUCCAUUAUCUCCAAUACACUCGGAUCUGAUUUCAACAUUAAGUUGGCCUUCAAUGCACUCAAAGACGUCCGCAGAAGAUAUUACAAGAAAGAGGGCCUCAAAGAGAAAGUGAACUAA